AUCGCUAAGGCAAACACCUCAACAGUUACUGAUGUGCAGCACGUUUAAAAAGGAGUCAAAUCAAAGCGAGGAUGGGCUUACCAAUAAAUUGGACCAGGAAGAGUGUGAACUCUUGUGGCCUAAUUUCGUGUCGCGAAUUUCCAGUCCUACAGUCAACAGCCUUCAUCUUCAUUGGUCUUUGUUAAAAAAUGCCUCGGUCUACCGUAUAGAUAAGUUCCAUAAACGACUUGGAUGGUUACAGUUGGAUUGGACUUCCAGCUCUCCAAUAACUGUUACAAAUCUGGAAGAAAACUUCGGAUACCGACUACGUAUAAAAGCGCUGGCAGUUUCUAAGGAUAAACGUCAAUAUGUGCCUUUAGCUACCUCGCCUGAAAUAAUCGCUUGCACAGCGGCAUCACUCCCAUCAACCCACUGCCUAAGCCUAGCCAUAAAAAAAGGGCAGCAAUUCCUGGUUAAAAGAAUGCUGCGUCGACGUCCGAGCCUGAUUGAAUAUCCGGCUUCCAACGGAUUCCUGCCACUUGCCAAUGCCAUUAUUCAGGGCGAGAUGUGCAUCAUUGACUUGCUGCUCUCGGCCGGUUGCAGCGUCCACAUCGGAAAUCCGGAAAGCGGCCGGACUCCUCUGCACCUGGCUUUCUACUACGGUCACCAGCCAUCCGCUCGUAUUCUUCUGAACAAGAAGGCCCGGCUGGAGGCAACGGACAGCAACGGCAUGACUCCCGCCCACUGCGCCGUUGAUGCCAAUCAGCUGGAAAUGGUAAAGUUCGCUCUCGAAGCUAAAGCGAAUGUUGAAGCCAGAGACAUCUACGGCUGGACCCUUCUUAUGCGUGCAGUGGUUAUGAACGCUAGCAUGGAGCUCAUCAAAGUCCUUGUUACGCACGGCGCAGACUUGGCGACUUUGGAUGGUGUUGGCAACACUUGCACCGACUUGGCAAAACUUUAUCACAGACAGGAUGCAAAGGAUUACUUUGACAAGGUGCAAAAGUUUAGGCUGGAGAAAUCUGACGCGACCGCAGACGCAGUGGCAAAGGCCCAAAUGCGAUAACAAGGUACACCAAAGAAGUUUCAAGAGUAGGGUGGAAUGGACAAACGGGAAGUGCUGUGGCACGGUUUAGCAUUAAGUACACUUUAAAACUUAAAACGAUGCUACCCCUUACUCGAAGAGUUACAGGUUAUACUAGCUUUUCCGACCAUAUAUAGUAAGUAUACAUGGUUCUUCUAACCAUGUGAAUCUGACAGCCCGUCUGUCCUACCAUAACCUAGCUAGUAGGUUAGGAUUUAGCAUGCAGAUUUGUUAAAUGUUUAAAAACUUUGUUGAUUUUUAGUGUUAUAUUGUCUGUUUUUUCUAUUUGUAUACCAAAAACACGGCCCUUCUAAGGCCUACAAACCACCUAAUACUGUCGCUCACAAUUUUUCAAUUUUUAUUUUUUCUUUUUCUCCCCAAACUAAUACAUUUUUUAAAUUUCUCGUUUACACUUCCACUACCUGAGUAUCAGAUACCCGGAUAGUCGGGGAACUCGACUAUAGCGUUCUAUCUUGGUUUAUUUUAAAAGCUACCUAAACUCGUAGAGUAUAAGUAUAAGCUAUAUUUAUUGCAAAGUGUAUACAUUCUUUAUAAGGGUAACUAGCCAAGUCAACUGAAACAUGUUGUUCGCUCCAUCUAUCUGUCAGUGUCCCCAUAUGAACGUCGAGUAACGGGUAUUAGAUAGUCGGGGAA